UUCCUUAAGAAAACACAAUUUUUUGUACUAAAUUCUAGUGUGUUUUUUUUUUUUUUUUUUCAAAAAUAGAUACUCUUAUACAUUUAUCCUACAAAACUAAGACAAAAAGAACAAGAAGAAAAUGGAGAAUAAAGGAAUAGAAAGCAAUAGUUUGUUAGAGAAAAGCAAGCCAUACAUAGCUAUGAUUUGCUUACAAUUUGGGUAUGCUGGGAUGAACAUUGUCACUAAGGUUUCCCUCAAUGGUGGAAUGAGCCACUAUGUCCUUGUCGUUUAUCGCCACACCUUCGCAACUCUAGUCAUUGCUCCUUUUGCCCUUCUUGAGAGGGGAAUUAGGCCAAAGAUGACAUUUCCAAUAUUCUUACAAAUUUUUGUGUUGGGUCUUCUUGGACCAGUAAUUGAGAACAAUUUAUACUAUAUGGGAUUGAAAUACACAUCUACAACCUUCUCAUGUGCCAUGAGCAACAUGCUUCCUGCCAUGAUAUUCAUCAUAGCCUUCAUAUGCAGGACGGAGAAGGUGGACUUGAAAAGGCUGAGAUGCAUAGCCAAUGUGGUGGGAACUAUAAUAACAAUUGUUGGUGCUAUGUUGAUGACAUUGUACAGAGGUCAUGUCAUCUACUUGUUUCGGUCUGCUCAUAUUCGUCCUCCUCAUAUCUCUACAGCGAUUGCUGGAGUUGCACCCGCUGUAAAUAGAGACUGGAUUAUGGGUUCUAUUCUUCUGGUUUUAGCUACCUUGGCUUGGGCUGCUUUUUUCAUUCUUCGGGCAAUAACAUUGAGGAAAUACAAAGCACAACUUUCACUAGCAACAUUAGUAUGCUUUUUGGGUACCUUGCAAUCAAUUGUUGUCACCUUUGUUAUGGAGCACAAUCCCUCUGCAUGGACUAUUGGUUGGGACAUGAAUCUUCUAGCUGCUGCUUAUGCUGGCGUAAUAACAUCUGGAAUUGCAUAUUACGUACAAGGUGUGGUCAUGGAGAAAAAAGGAGCCGUUUUUGUCACUGCCUUUAGCCCUUUUAUGAUGAUCAUUGUGGCUUUUAUGGGUUCUUAUAUCCUCGCGGAGAAGAUUUAUGCCGGAGGUGUUCUCGGGGCUGUAUUGAUAGUGAUAGGAUUAUAUACUGUACUAUGGGGCAAGUACAAGGAGUACAAGGAAAUUGAAGCUCAAGAGAUAAUUCCUGAAACCAUCAAGUGUGUUGAAAACGCGAAUUUUAAAACGAGAAUGAGUACCAUCUUGGAGGACUUUGACUUAGACGAUGUCGAAUGGCAAAGAAAUGUUGGACCUAGCCACACACUUCCUACCAUGAUCAUAAGCUCUCCGAUGUCACGACUUCCCAUGCUAGCCAUGGAAGCACCAAAGAAGACAAGUAACUUAGGGUAAUUAUUAAUAGUAGUAGAAUAUUCCUUCCGUUUUAUUGAGUUUGCUAUAAAUAGUGAUAUUUUUUUUGUAAUAUAUGAUAAUUGGUAGCAAAUUCAAACAAACAGACGAAAGUAUAAGAUCAAGUAAAUAUAAGAUGGUUUCUUGGUAAUUUGAUCUUACCUUUGAUUCCAAGCCACCACCCCUCGGUGUUUGGAGAUAUUAACAUAAUUCCAAACUUUUUUCUUUGGCUUUUUUGGUUCCAUACUUUGUAAUGAGUUGGAUUAUAAUGAUUUAUUUUUCUUUCAUGAAUCUGCUAAAUAAAUGAAUGAAAAAUCAAGGAAAAAAUGAGUAUAUUUUGCACUUUUGUGGUUUUUCUAAUGAGUUCCUAAUAUGUAAUUUUUUUUAUCACUAAUUAUAAAUGAAUUUUUUGUCAA